UAUUACAAAUCCAUUUGAUAUUUCAUAAUACUAUCCAUUUCGAACAGAAAAAUCACAUUUUGUUCUCUUCUUUUCGUUCUUCAACAAUAGCCAGAUAUAACAAAAAGUUUUGCAGCAAAAAAGAAAAGAAAACCAGAUAAGACAACACAAGUCCUCUCUCUUACGCCUCUCACACGCCUAUAUAUAUCUACAAGACCACUUCCAACUCUUCAAAAGCUCUGUGCCUUCAAGUCUUUUGUUGCUGCUCUGUGCCUUCAAGUCUUUAGCAUUGAACAAAAAUGGGACACCUUUAUGGAGGCAGGUCCUUAUGUGUAGCAGCAGUUCUAGUAGUAAUACUAGUGUUGACAUUGAGCAUACCGUGUUCAAAUUCUCUACGAAUUACUAAGACGAAUUCUAUGGUUUAUCGAUCCCCCAAGUUUGAGUUGGAACCGGGAUCAGUGGUGGACAAAAUUUACUUCAACAUUGACUUUCCAAGAGGUCAUAUUGCUGUCAAGAAUUUUAAUGCUGAAGUAGUUGAUGAGGCAGGGAACCCUGUCCCUCUUCACGAAACUUAUCUGCACCAUUGGGUCGUGUUCAGAUAUUAUCAGCGCAAAGGGGUCCAAAUUGUAGAGCAUGAUGGCUUAAAGCAAAGAAAUCAAUCAACCUUUAUAGGAGCAAGGAACCAUGGAGUGUGCCAAGAGAAUCAACUUGGGCAGUAUUUUGGCCUUGGCUCAGAAACAAGGAAAACAUCAACAUUUGUUCCUGAUCCAUAUGGAAUUGAAGUUGGUAACCCUGCAGAAAUUCCUGAUGGCUUCGAGGAGAGAUGGUUGCUCAAUGUGCACGCAAUUGAUACGCGAGGCGCGGAAGAUAGGUUGGGAUGCACCGAGUGUAGGUGUGAUCUUUAUAACGUCACUAAGAACCAGCGUGGCCAGCCUCUGAAACCAGAUUACGUUGGAGGGUUACAUUGUUGCUAUGAUCAAACUCAUUGCAGAGUGAGAAAUGGCUUUCAAGGUGUCAAGAGAAGCCUCUACCUUAGAUAUACUGUGGAAUGGGUUGAGUGGACUGAUUCUAUCUUGCCUGUUAAGAUCUAUAUUUUUGAUAUCACUGAUACUUGGAAUGGUUUGAACUCUGCUGAACAUGGUUGCCAAGUUGAGCAUGAUGUUGCGAAAUCAUGCAAGGGCAUUAGAGGGACAAGUCAGAGUUGCAUUGAGACCAGAAGAAAAGGAAUUAGGGCUCCAACCGGCGGAUAUGUUGUUUAUGGUGUUGCUCAUCAGCAUACUGGGGGAGCUGGUUCAACUUUAUAUGGAGAGGAUGGAAGGGUUAUAUGCUCUUCAAUUCCAAUUUAUGGAACUGGGAAGGAGGCAGGGAAUGAAACCGGUUACAUUGUGGGCAUGUCCUCUUGUUAUCCUAAACCAGGUUCUGUCAAGAUGGUUGAUGGUGAGACUCUUGUACAUGAGUCCAGCUAUAGUAGCAGCCAACCACAUACAGGUGUUAUGGGGCUGUUUUAUAUGCUAGUUGCAGACCAAUUGCCAAGUCCAAAGCUCUACAUGGACACUUCACUUUGAGUGGCACAUUUUUUGAUGUGAAUAUGUUAUCAAUCACUAUCUACUGUCUGUUUUGGGCUAGUUCAAAUAAUUGGGUGGAUGUGUGACUGUACCUAUCCUUUUAUGCAUGUCCAUAAUGUCCAUGCCCUAAAGAAAGAAACACGUUAUGAUAUA